UUGCAGAUUGGAUCCAGUACAAGUACUAGCUCAUCCACACCACCAGCAGCAGUAUCAAGAGCUCCAGUAUAGACAGGCUGUUGGCAGGUGGCUAUGGUAGAAGUUCAGCUAGAUGCAGAACACGACUACCCUCAAGGUCUCUUGAUAGCCUUCAGUGCCUGUACUACUGUUCUUGUUGCAGUUCAUCUUUUUGCACUCAUGAUAAGUACCUGCAUCCUUCCAAACAUAGAGGCUGUUAGCAACGUGCAUAAUCUCAACUCCGUAAAGGAAUCCCCUCACGAGCGUAUGCAUCGGCACAUCGAGCUGGCGUGGGCAUUUUCAACUGUCAUUGGGACUUUGCUCUUUCUUGCAGAGGUGGUGUUACUGUGUUGGGUGAAGUUUCUUCCUUUAAAGAAGAAAACUGAUAAUCCGCUCCAGAGCAACAGUACUACUACCAUCACAUCGGGACAGGCCGCAGCCAUUGCAUCGACGUCUAUUAUGGUUCCCUUUGGACUGAUUUUCAUUGUGUUUGCAGUACACUUCUACAGGUCACUGGUGAGCCAUAAAACAGACAGGCAAUUUCAAGAACUGAAUGAACUUGCUGAAUUUGCACGGCUCCAGGAUCAGCUGGAUCACAGAGGUGACACCAUCUCCUCAGCAGUUACCCAUUUUGCGUAAACCUGUACUUAAAAAGAAACCCACUAUUCUGCUUCUGCC